CUGCAUCAAACCAAUGCACUGCUCUGAGCGGGAUGCGUCAGCAGUACAUUCACGUUUCAACUGAAGGACGAAAGGAGGAGAAAGACUCUGCCGCCUGUAAGCCCGUCACACAGAGAGAAACAGAGAGAGAGGGGGGUGAGCGCUGGAGGUGAGGACCGCUGCUCUUGCCACUGUCGCUGUAGAUGGUCUUCUCAGGCACGUGUGCGCGUCUCUCUCUCCCUCGCGUGCUCUACAGCUGCCCAUCUCCCACUGCAGAAUCGCUGCCAACCCGCAGCCAGAACAGGCGAACUGCCACAACUUACUACCUCAAGACAAGGGAAAAAUCAAGGAAUACCGCAGAAUCUACAACAGGAGGAGGGAGGGCCAACUACGGAAUCCUCCGCAAGGUACCUCUCCGAAAUUAGCCACGCGUCACACGGCGGCAUCAAUCCUCUUUUUCUGACACUGAGAAGAGAGAGCGAGGAAGCCGGAGUCAGAGAGACAGAGAGCGCAAAAAGCAGGCGAGCGACAGAUAGAGAGAGAGAGAGAGCUUCACCACCGCCACGCCGCUGUUGCUGCCGCUCUCCUCCCGUCCUCCACCCCCCUCCCCCAGCAACACCACCCCCAAGCCCCCCUCUGGAGAAAUUGAUGGAUUAUUGCUAACUGUGCACGCGGCAGUCCGCAGCUGCUACAGCGACAGACAGGAGAGCGGAGCGAGUUAAAAAAGCAAGACGGAAUGACCGCAGUGUGCGUCUGUUAGCCUUUUUGGAUUCAUCAGCGCACGGCUAAUCGGCUGAACAAGUGUCGUGGGGGACAGACGAUGGCAAACUGAAAAAGAAAAAAGAAAGCAGGUUAGUAUUUAGCGAAGAGGAAGACAAAUCUUUGAAGACUUUGGGAUACUGCUCCCCCCUUUUUCUGUUUUUUUUUCUUCUUGCCUUGGGUUUAAUUGUGCAUGUACUUUGGACAUGGAGUCUUGUGAAGAUUGUUCGGUGGUAUUCAGCAUCGCCUUCCAAGGACAAUCAAUGGGGAAACUGAGAGGAGAUCUUUUUCAAGCUGACUGGAUCCGUGCACCUGCUUAGCUGACUGGGCCUUACCCAUUGAACCAGUUUCACUGAAUGCUGCUUCUCUGUGGAAUUAACAGGGGCCAUUUUGUCAAAUCAGUUUAUGAUCUACUUUACUUUUCUAAGAGAUAUAGCCGAAAAUGUUGCAGUGAGUCGGAAGCAUGAGCGGACGGUGCUGGAGACUGGCUUCAGCAUAAAGGAUUAUAUUAAGGACAGCACUGAGCUAAUGAGCACCAUCCUGCACUGUCGAUGGCAAACAGAUGCAGUGUCUUGCUCAAACCAGGGUAGGGCCACUGUUCUCCGUUCCCCAGCCGAAUCCCCACGCGAUGUUGAAUUAUGAACGCGCCACAUCAUGAGUCUCUUGUGGCAGGUAACUGUGCACCGUGCCUGGAACGCAGCCCUGCUCUGUGCAGUCUACCUCAUGGUACGAUCAUUGAGUGUGCACGCCAACCCCUCCGGACCGCUGACCUGCCCCGCCGUCUGCUCCUGUGGUAGCCAGUUCGUUAAAGUGGUGUGCACCAGGCGCGGCCUGGUUCGUGUACCCCCAGGCAUCCCUGCCACCACGCGGCACUUAAACCUGAUGGAAAACAGCAUAGAGACAAUUGAAGCUGGCACGUUUCAGCAUCUCCGCCACCUGGAGGUGCUGCAGCUGGGCAGGAACUCUAUUCGACAGAUCGAGGUGGGGGCCUUCAGUGGCCUCAACAGCCUCAACACGCUGGAGCUGUUCGACAACCGGCUGACGGUGAUUCCGAGCGGCGCUUUCGAGUACUUAUCUAAACUAAGGGAAUUAUGGCUCAGGAACAACCCCAUUGAGAGCAUACCGUCGUACGUAUUCAACCGGGUUCCCUCUCUCAUGCGGCUGGAUUUGGGAGAGCUAAAAAAACUGGAAUAUAUUUCUGAUGGUGCUUUUGAGGGAUUAUACAACUUGAAAUAUCUAAACCUUGGAAUGUGUAACCUAAGGGAGAUGCCAAUUCUGUCCCCUUUGGUGGGGCUGGAGGAGCUCGAGAUGUCAGAAAACUACUUCCCAGAGAUAAAACCUGGAUCUUUCAGGGGCUUAAAAUCCCUGAAAAAACUUUGGAUUAUGAACUCUAGGAUCACCACGAUAGAGCGAAAUGCAUUUGAUGAUGUCACGGCCUUGGUUGAGCUCAACCUGGCCCAUAAUAACCUUAGCUCUUUGCCCCAUGACCUUUUUGCGACCUUGAGUUAUCUGGUGGAGCUUCAUUUGCACCACAACCCUUGGCGGUGUGACUGUGAUGUCGUGUGGCUAGCCUGGUGGCUGAGGGAGUACAUCCCCACCAACUCCACCUGUUGUGGCCGCUGCCACACCCCUGCUCACCUACGUGGGCGCUAUCUUGUUGAGGUGGACCAGAGCACUUUUCAGUGUUCUGCACCUUUCAUUCUGGAAGCCCCAAGGGACCUUAACAUUUCUGCUGAAAGGGUAGCGGAGCUAAAGUGUCGUACAGCUCCUAUGUCGUCCGUACGGUGGCUGUUGCCCAACGGAACAGUUCUGACACAUGGCUCUAAUCACCCACGGUUAUCAGUGCUCAACGACGGGACGCUAAACUUCUCCAACGUGCUGCCAGCAGAUACGGGUGUGUACACCUGCAUGGUGACCAACAUGGCGGGCAACUCCAAUGCUUCGGCCUACCUGAACGUGACUGCGGCUGAGCUCAACACUUCUAACUUGAGUUACUUCACUACAGUGACUGUGGAGGAGGUGGAGCCCACCUCACAGGAAGUGAUCAAGCCAAAAACAGUAACCGCUUCACCCUCCGUCUUUCAACCCGUUUUUAUCUCCACGCCAACCGUUUUACUUCAAACUCCCCGGCAGGUGUCAGUGCCGACCGUACGUGGAACAGUGCGUCCCCCUGCCAGUCUCGACGAGGUCAUGAAGACGACAAAAAUCAUCAUCGGCUGCUUUGUGGCGGUCACCCUGCUCGCUGCUGUUAUGCUAAUCGCUUUCUACAAGCUACGGAAAAGGCACCAGCAAAGGAGCACGGUGGCAGCCGCUAGGACUACAGAGGUCUUUCAGAUGGAGGAGAACGUACCUACCACCCACGCAGGGACGAGAAUACCGGGAGAAAGCGGGAUGAUUUUACCUAGCCUUCGAGAUCACAACAGCACCUACAAACCCAGCUACAGCUCCUACAGACCAGCACACUCUGCUCCCUGGGCAGAGAACAACAUCGGCAAUUCCCUGCACCGCUCCCGCCCUACGACCAUCAGCACCAUCCCCGAACCCUACCUGCUCAAAUCCCACACAAAAGAGAAGGUACAGGAAACGCAGAUAUAACGUUCUUACAGCCUUCUCUUCUUCUGUCUUUUAUUCUGUUCAUCCUAAAAAACAUGCAAUAGAAUGCACAACAGAAAAGACAGCAAUUACUUUUGUACCCAGUGCAAAAACGAGACUGUUUUUCUUGUACAUGCUUAUACAUAAAUAUAUUAAUAUAAAUAUAUAAAUGAAUCCACUAUGGGAUGACAAAAGAAACAGAUUAUAUAAAAGUGAAAAUGAAUUUAAACUAUUUUCUAACGUGUAACUCCUAUUUAAGAUGGGAAAAUGUGACGAUGCUGAUUUGACGUUGCAAAUGAAGAGUGGUUUGUUUGAAAAAGGGGCAACCUGUGAUUUUUAGACCAUUCUGUAUAGGAUGCAGUAAAGUCCCAUUUAUACAGAGAGAACUUUCUAAGUCCACUGAUCGAUCCAUAAAGGCUUACCUUCUAAAAGCACCAAGAAUUUGUAUCGUGCCAAAUGUUAUACUUGCAAUAAAAGAGAACGGCUUAGGAGAUAGGAGAGACAAAACAUUGCAAAACGCAGCAUGGAGACCCAGAGAGAAAGGAGCUGCUGGAUACACAGAGUCUGCUGUUCUGCAGCUCCCAGCCAAAUGGUUUUUGGGCUGCGCCAUAGUUUUGCAGCAAGCGUUUAACAUUUCCAGAAUAGGCAUCCUGCUUGCUUUAUGAGUUUAAUCUACUGCUUAUUACCCUGAUGUUCCUCUUGGUUUCGACAAAUAAGAUUGACUUAUCCACCGACGUUUCAUAAUUUGGAUAUCGAUUGCUUUUCCUAUUUGAUUCCCAUACUGUACUGUUUUCAAUAUGAUUUGACUGGCUUUUAGGGCUAAUUCAGUAAUUGCAUUACAACAGUUGCCUCAGAUUCGUAGCGCAAGGGCUCGACUGGAUCCUAGUUUUACAGACUUCCGGUCGAAGUGACUGGACGGUUUGCUGCAGGCUCACGUUAACAUUGUUUCACAUUUUCUUUACCGAGAAAGGGAUUCAAGUGAAUGUGUGCAUUAUGGACUUUCCUUUAUGGAGAUUGUUCAAACUGCGGUUUUCAUUUGUCCUUAUUUUGAGCAACACUAUUUUUAUGAGGAGUCUACAGAGGUUACAACAAUAAAAAGAAAACAUUUGGUUUGUAUUUCUCUAAACUCAACUCCCACCUCUUGUCUUUUUUUCAAAUGCGUAAAAGGUUAUGAAAAGGUACAGAAAAUAAUAAGCGUCUCUGUCCAUUAACGUAAUUAAUUAAUACAGCGAAUUAUCCUCACGCUGUAAUACAUUGCCACACAGUCAAAUUUCUGACAAACAGCACAAAGUACUGUAUGUGUGGUUACGUGUCAAUAGCAAAUAAAUCUGUGAUGGGUAACGCACGUGCGCACACACAGCCAUCAGCCCAAUUUUCCAAUGCAGUGCAUAAUGACAGAAUGUUAUUCGAAAUGUGAUCUCGGCUCAUUUCUAAUGAAGUUACGGGUUGCCUCAUUCAGGUAACAGUGUGCUUUAGUUGAAGCAUAUGAUAAGAGGGUUGAGUGCGGUAUUUAUUACAAUCCUUUAUUGAUCUGCUUAACCUGUGACAUCCACCAAAUUAGAGGCUCAGAGAGGGAGAGAGAGGCGGAGUGAGAGACUGACUGACAGUGCAGGUAUUUGGACGACUCGCAUUUAAGGGUUACAAUAAGGUUACUUUUCCAAGAAAUAUAAGUCCUUUUAAUUCCCCCAAGAUAUUCUUUUCCCUCACAGCAAAAUCGCCAGUGUUAAAAAACUUAAAUUAACUCAAAUGAACUCUCACAGUGUAUAUACUGUAUAAUCCAAACUUCGAUAGUGUGGAUUAUAUGUACACUGUGAGUCUUCAUUUGACAUUUUUUAACACUGCCGUGGUCGAAUUAAGAAUGACAUAAAAUUCUUAAAGAGAUGAUAUCUUCCACCAUCCUCAUAAAGUCAGUGUGUGUGAAAUAUUACAACAAAAGAAUAAGCCGUUUCCUCAUGGUGCCAUGCAAACCACAAGCAUUUUAGGCUCCAGUGGGCACUGAUGUGCUAUUAUGCUGUACAUUUUUUAGAAUGGAGCAGAAAGAAAGUGCAAGCUAUAUCAGGGGCAGGGGCAUCUGCAGAUCUUUGGCUACAGUAACCCAGUCAACUUUACCUCCCUCACACACAAACAAUCUACAGCCCUUAGAGAACAGCCAGACCAGAGCGCCUCGGUGACACGCACAAAAACACCUUCAGUGUACAUCAUUUACAUUAUUCAAAAGGAAAAGGGCUUUAUAGCACACAGUGGUGUUGCAGCUGUGGUUGAUGAGGCUUGUAAAUUUAAUCUUUAAUGCCUUUAGGACUCAUUCUGAAUGGGUUGAUGUGACAUGGAUUUUACAGCUUGGUUUUAAUGCCAUAAUGUCAGAUUGUCAUGAUAAUGCAAGAAUCACCACCGGGUCAAGUUGAGGUAUAUUACAGGUCUGUGUCAUUUUGUUUUUGACAAUUUUCAUUGCAAAAGCAAAGCAAAGCCUACUACCGCUAGAAGAAUUA